AUGGAGAUAAAAACAUUCCAACAUCCCGGCUACAUACGCACCAGCAACUUUCCAAACGAUAUAGCGCUGCUUCAGCUUGAUGAGCCUGUGGACUUGGAAUCUGGAGAUGCACGUGUGGCAUGCAUCCCCGAUCCCCAGGAUCAGAUAGAUCUCGUGCACAACUCACGCUGCUGGAUCAGCGGGUGGGGAGAAACGCGAGGUUCGCACAGUUCGCAUUGGUCGCAUAGAGGUUGUAGAAAAAUUGUACGGCAGUCUGAUAGGUCGCAUAGGAGUCUGAAGGGACCUCUUGCGACUCCAGUGCGACAUUCAUCAGGCUGCCGUGCAACUUCCGUGCAAACUGUGUUAAAUCCAUGCAAGCUGCUGCCAUCACUGCUGUACAAACUAUAG